UUGUGGUAAAAACCUCCAAUUUAAAGCUGCCAUAUCACCACACGUCCUCUUGAAAGCAUGGCGCCCACGCGUGCGGAUAUGGAGGACGGAGUUGAAAUAAAAUUUGCCCAAAAAUUGGCAGGGAAUGAGAAGGAGGGACGAGAUAAAGCGCUAAGAAAGCUGAAGAAAUGGAUACAACUGAAAGCAUGCCAGGACUCGUCGGACUCUGCGUUCACCGAGCUGGAGCUGCUCAAGCUGUGGAAGGGCCUGUUCUUCUGCAUGUGGAUGUCGGACAAGCCGCUGGUGCAGGAGCAGCUGGCCGAGGAGCUCAGUCAGCUGGUGCACGUGUUUCCGCACCGGCAGGACGGCGUCACCUUCUGCCGCACCUUCUUCACCACCAUGGCCCGCGAGUGGCACGGCAUCGACGUCAUCCGACGCGAGAAGUACAUGAUGCUGGUGCGCCGUCUGCUGCGGCAGACGCUGGCGCUGCUGCUGCCGGCGGCCGCCGGCGGCGGCGGGUCACUACCCCGGCUGGUCGCCCUCUGUGAGGAGUCGUUCGCGCGCCGCGAGGACCCGGCCACUCUGCCGCUGGGCCUGCAGCUCCACCUGGUGGAGAUCUUCCUGGAGGAGGUGGCUAAGGUGGCCGGCGACCGGCUCACUGAGGACGACAUGGAGCAGCUGCUGGCACCGUUUGUACAGGUUCUGAAGGUGACGAAGCAGUCGGCGCUGCGCGGCACCAUCACCGACAGCGUCUUCUACCACCUGAUGCGGCAGAGCGACGUCGGCAUCGCGCACGACGCCAUCGUCAACGGCGAGACGCUCGGGGACGACAGCGACGACGAUAACGACGAAGCUGAGGACAGUGACGGUGGCAGUGACGGGGAGGACUCCCCCUCUGGUGAUCCUGUGCUGGACCCCCGGGCCGGCGGAGUGGACGUGACGCUGCCGCAGCUCUCGGUCGACUACGGCCGGCUGGCCGACUCGCUGACCGCUGCCGGAGCCGAGCCCAGCGUGCGGCAGAAGAACCGGACCGCACUCUACCGGCUGGCGCAGCAGUUCCGCGAUCUCAGUGAGGGCGAGUACCCGCUGGCGCUGAAGAUCCCCGACAACAUCGACUCGGACUCUGAUCUCAGUGACGAGGACCUGGCGGCCGCCGUCCUCCGGCUACAGUCAACAAAGAAGAACCUGAACAAGGACAGCAGGAAAAACCAGAAGAAGCGCCAGCUGACUGAGGCCGCUGAGGAGCCGCAGCCGAAGAAGAAGAAGAAGCUGAGGCACAAGCAGGUGCUGAGUAACGGCGUGAUCGACACGGGUGACGAGCUGAUGGCCGAGGCGGCCGGUGCUCCGCCGCCCACCGAGACGCCCGCCGAGGAGGCGGACCCACAGACCGGCCGGCGCCGGACGCUCAAGGAGAAACGCCGCCUCAAACUGAAGGAGAGACGCGAGGCCGAGCUGGCCAAACAGAAGAAAAAGAACAGGAAGGAGGCGAAGAAGGCCAAACUGAACGGGGACGUGCAGGAAGAGCACCAGGGUAUGGCGAACGGGGCGGUUUUAAACGGUGAUCACGACACGGAGGAGGCCGCGCUGGUAGUUGAUGGGGGCAGCGGGGAGCCGGCCGAACCGACCCCGAGCUCAGCAGAGCCGCAGGAGAGCGCGACCCCCGUCACAGCGUCCAAGAAAAAGAAGAAGAAGCGUGCUGCGGAGGAGGAGUCUCCAAAGACAAGCAUCGUACCCGCUAGUAUAGAGGACGACUCCACCUCUCCAAAGACAAAGAAGAAAAAGAAGAAGCAGCUGAACAAGUCAGCAGCCGAGGCGCCAUCGCCAGCAGCUGAGGUUCCAUCUCCCGCGCCGGCUCCUGUCCUAGAGAACGGAGCCGCAUCGCCGCCCGAACAGAAGAAAAAGUCCAAGAAGAAGAAGGCGGCGGCGCCGGCGGACGGAGCACCGCCGGGUGACGCGCCUCCCGCCGCCGCGGCUGUAUCCUCGAUCGACUGGUCGCUGGGCACCGAGGACAACUGGGACGACGCCGACCCGGCCCCGGCGGUACAGAGGCCGGCCAAGAAGGCAGCGGCCCAGCCGUCUGCCGUGGCGCACUUCGUACCCUCCAAACCGGUGCCGGCCUUCGUCAAACUGCGCACCGGGAAAAAGGGCGCCGCGUCACCAAAUCAGAAAUCUCCGGCCACGCCUCGGACUCCGGGCAAGACAAAAAAGGUCAUCAUCAACCUGGCCGAGAACAAGGCACAAGGUUUCAAGGAGCACCUGAUCACGGUUCGCAACUCGCCGCAAGUCCCGCACAACCCGAGCCUGCGGCCAGUCAAGGGCCUGCUGAAGCCCUCCCCGGCCCCCUCCCCGGCCACCCCGGUCGGCGGCUCGGCCGGCGGACGGCGCAGCCGCGCUGCCGACUUCUUCAGCGUCUGAGCGGGGCGGGGAGGGUAGCGAAUGGUCCAGUGUCGUCGGUGACUGCGGGAGGGACGGUCCUCCAGUCGGGGUGUUACGGUGCAUGUGUUGGUCUGACUGGUCGCGGUUGGUUGUUUGCGCGCCGUGAUUUUGAAACUGUUGAUGCGUUAUGCAGCGGUGAGAUGUGAUUAGGAUGAUGUGGUGCCGACUGCGUGUGACCUGUGACCUGACCUGGGUCAGUCCGGAGUCACAGCGGCCUCCCGGCCGGUCUCUGGGUACAAUUUCCGCGCGGGUCGUCUGUGGUCGUUCGGCCGCCUGCAGCGCUGUGUGUUGGGUGGCACCGAGCCGCCCCCCGCGGCGGCUCAGCCGGGUGCAGUUACGGCGGCAGGUGCCGCUGUGAUCGCCCAGUCGCCGCCGUGCUCGGCGUCCGCCGGGUACCUGUCUCCGCUGGACGGCGGCGGUUCAGUGGACGGGUCGGCGCCUGGCGAGUCGAGAGGAAGGUGAUGUGUCCCCGCCGACCCGGACCGCGCUGUCCUAAUGCACUGACGGGUCCGCGCCGGCCGCCACUGGCCCGGCGCGUGUGCCGGUUUUAUCUGAACAUUUUGAUCCAUAUGCAAUUUGACAAUAGAAAGGUCUAAUUUUG